AUUAGGACGGCGAGACAGGUGAGAGGACAGACAGGUGAGAGGACAGCCGGAGGACGCACUGACUGCACUCUGUAGUUUAGAUCUGCAGUGAAUAUAAAGGAAGGAACAUGUUGGAGCUGAACGGGACGGACCCUCACCUGCAGGAGUUCAGCUUCGAGCGGCGCUUUGACGAGAGAGGAGCGAUGGAGUGGAUGCAGGAGCACUGGAGUAAGUCGUUUGUGUUCAGUGCCGUGUACGCGGCCCUGGUGUUCGCAGGGCAGCACUACAUGAAGCCUCGACCCAAGAUGAACCUGCGGAGGCCGCUCGUCCUCUGGUCGCUCAGCCUCGCUCUCUUCAGUAUCAUCGGUGCGGUCCGGACCGGUUCCUACAUGUUUCACGUCCUGAGCUGCAGCGGCUUCAGACAGUCCAUCUGUGACCAGAGCUUCUACAACGGACCGGUCAGCAAGUUCUGGGCGUACGCCUUCGUCCUGAGCAAAGCUCCGGAGCUCGGCGACACGGCGUUCGUGGUUCUGAGGAAGCAGAAGCUGCUGUUCCUGCACUGGUACCACCACAUCACCGUGCUGCUGUACUCCUGGUACUCCUACAAAGACAUGGUGGCCGGCGGCGGCUGGUUCAUGACCAUGAACUACGGCGUGCACGCGCUCAUGUACAGCUACUACGCCGCGCGCGCCGCCGGCCUGCGGGUGCCGCGGCCGUUCGCCGUGCUCAUCACCAGCACUCAGAUCGGGCAGAUGGUGAUGGGGCUGACGGUGAGCGGCCUGGUGUACCGGUGGAUGCAGCACGGAGACUGUCCGUCACGCAUCGACAACAUCACCUGGGCCGCGCUCAUGUACCUCAGCUACCUGCUGCUCUUCUCCAACUUCUUCUACCAGACGUACCUGCGCCCCCGCAGAGACGCCAAGACCAACAAGUCUGAGUAGAGACCAGGGGCAUUGUGGGAGAUCUGACCGACUGGACCAGGUUUCUUUUGGUCACAUGCUCGUCGUACUGAAGCUGCUAACAUUUAAAAACUUCACACUGAUGUUCUUCAUGCAGGGAGAAUCUGAAAUCUGCGGGUUUUCUUCGCACCGAGAACAUCUGGAUGAACCUCUGAAUCUGAUGUUUCAUCACGUUUAUCGCUCCUCUUCAGGAAAAACAACGGUUUCUCUAACUUCACACAAAUUAAACAGCGUCUUUUUAUUUUAGAGCACAGAGGAACAUUUAAAAUAAAAUGAAUACAUUUAUUUGCGUCUGGAAAAUGAAUAACGUGCUUUUUAGAGUCAACGGCUCUAGAAGGUGAAUCGGAGCUUUUCUCUGUUUUCCUCAAUGACUUCGUUCUGUUAAAGAAAAUUAAACUAUUAAGAAAUGAUGGAACGUGUCGAACAAAUGACUGUUUGAGCAAACUAAAAUGAUAAAUUAUUAGAAAAUGAUUAUCAGACUGGUUUUAAGUUAAUAUAUUUUAAAUAAACACUCAUUUAUAAUCCUGAAGGCCGCAAACCGAUUUUUUUUUUAAAGUGUUGACGAUCAGAAAUCUCCCCCCCCCAAGUGAAAUAUGACGUUUCAUUUCCUCGUCAGUCUGGAAGCGUCUGUCUCAUGAAACCAGCCACUCCCGCUCUGCUCGUACUGGUUUCACUGGUUGAACUGGUUUCACCGCGCCGCUCCCGUCGGUGACGCUGCAGCAGAAACAACUUUGUGUGUUUGAGUCCCAGUUUUCACCAAAAGAAAGUUUAAAAUGAGUCAUGUGUGAAAGUUGUGUUUUUAAACUUUUGGAUGUUAUUGAUCUGCUUCACAGAAAUUGAUAAUUAUUUUUUUUUUUUUUUAACAAAUCUAUCAUUUAAAGUGUCCCAAAGACUCAGUUUACUGAGACGCAAAACACAUUUGAGAAGCCAAAAUGAAAUGACCUAAUCGAUCAAUCAAUCGUUCAGUUCAAUUCGUUUCAGCUUCAUACCUAUUUAACAAACGAUCAAUUUCCUGUUUUUCUUUUGAAACCCGUUUAGUUUCCGUUUACUUGAAUCCAUUUCUUCUGUCCUGAAGUUACAGCUGAGAAACCAAAUCUAUUUAUUGAUAAGUAUUUAUUUGACAUAUGAUGGCAGCCAAUCGGUGGCCGGAGAGGUCUCCAAACACUGGUGUUGUUUCACUAAAUGUUUAUUAAUUAUGAAUAUCACUCGCAUCAUGUCAAUCACAUGCUGAAUAUUUUUGUACGUUUUGAUAUUUUGCACCAGAGAGUUUGACUUUUGUUUUACUAAAAAUUGUAGCUGAGAAACUUAUUCCUCACAAAC